AUGCUUUCUAAGGCCCACUUGACCUCGCACUCCAGGAUGUCUGGCUCUAGGGCAGGCCACUGUCAACCCACACCUCCUCCAGAGAGUUCAUGGACGCGCACAGUUAGCUGCAAUUUUGGAGUUCUUACAGGAGAAGAGGACUGCAUGUCCUUCUACUCCACCAUCUUGAAAGGACAACAGACUGGUUCCAACUUGGGAAAGAAGUACAUCAAGGCUAUGCAUUGUCACCCUUCUUAUUUAACUGAUAUGCACAGUGUAUCAUGUGAAAUGCCAGGCUGGAUGCAGCACAAGCUGGAUUCAAGAUUGCUGGGAGAAAUAUCAAUAACCUCAGAUAUGGAGAUGACACCACCCUUAUGGCAGAAAGCAAAGAGGAAAUAA